AUGGACUUCUGGAUGUCGAUCAAUGUAUCAAUGACGAUGAUGGCAAUAGUUUGCAUUGGACUAGCGAGUGGCCAACAAGAUAAAAACAAAGACACCGCACAAAGGUUUGGUUGUGGGAACGACAAGGUAUAUGGAAAUUGUCGAUGGAUCGAUGCCACUGACGAUGGAUAUGUGAAGUGGUACGUCGCCGGUGCCCCUCGUUACGGACCUGGCUAUUCUUGUCGAAGUGUAGAUACGGCAUACUGUUGCAGCGAUGUAAAAGAGUAUCGUUCUUUCUUGGGUAACGGCCUUAAAACUACCAAUAUUGUCGCCCAAUUCGUAAACAGCGAUCAAUGUGUGGCAGCCAAGACUCAUUACCCAUAG